AUGGAUACUCUCCUCACGGCGGAUGUGGUCGCCAACUCUCCUCGAUUUCGGAGAAAGUCGAGUACUUUCGUGGAUGCUAUCCAUGAUCUUCCAGCAAAAGCAGACCUGGCACCCGCGCAACUCUACAGUACUGAAUCUGGAAGACUGUUUCACUCGGGUCGAAUUGUCAUCAUUACUGUAGGCUUGCCUGCUAGGGGGAAAACCCACAUUUCCGUAGCUUUGGCACGCUACCUCCGAUGGCUCGGUGUGAAAACUCGCAUCUUUCAUUUGGGUGACUAUAGACGGGCUACCAUCGGGCCGGGGCAAGAUAUGCCUGACGAUUAUUUCUUUGUCAAUGCCUCUGCCUCAUCUGUUCUCCUCCGGCAAAAGAUUGUAAAGAAAUGCCGAGAUGACAUCGCGCACUUUUUGACCCACGAGAAUGGUCAAAUAGCAAUAUACGAUGCGGUCAAUCCAAUUGCUGCGGGCCGACGCUCACUUGCUAAGGAAUUUUCUAAACAGAAUAUAGAGACGCUAUUCAUUGAGUCAAUGUGCGAUGAUCCGCGGAUUAUCGAAGAGAAUGUUCGAAGUGUCAAGAUCUCCUCGCCUGAUUAUGUCAAUUGGGACGCAAACGAAGCGGUUAAGCAUUAUCUGGGUCGUAUAUCGGCCAGAAUACCGCACUUUGAAACGAUGGAGGAAAAAGACAUCAAUUACAUAAAGAUGAUAAAUGCAGGUGAACAACUCAUUGUCAACAACUGCAGCUUUGGAUAUCUCUCGCAUCGAAUUGUGUUCUACCUACUUAAUCUUCAUAUUAAAUCGAGACACACUUAUUUUGUUAGGGCUGGUGUGUCGUUGGACGCAAAUUCCUACAAAGCAGACUCAUCAUUAUCAGAGAGAGGUGAGGAUUAUGCGAAGAAAAUGACUGAUGUUUUACUUCAACAUCGUGAGUCGGAACGACAAGCCCUUCUCGAUCAAGGAGAAUCCGCGACUGCUUUGAAACCCUUGACUGUAUGGACAUCAACAAGACGCAGGACGGUUGAGACUGCGAAAUAUUUGCAUGACAAGGGAUACACAGUUCGCCAGAGGUCGCAAUUGAGCCAGUUGAAUCCUGGAGUGUGCGAGAAGAUGUCAGAACAUCGCAUCAGGCAAGAAUUUCCUGAUGAAGUGACCAAACAUGAAAUCGAUCCUUAUCAUCAUCGCUAUCCCCGUGCAGAGUCCUACCAUGAUUUAGCAGUACGAUUAGAGCCAAUUAUUCUUGAAUUAGAACGAGAACACAACGACCUCCUUAUUAUUGCCCAUGAAAGCGUGCUGAGGGUUCUUUACGGAUAUUUAAUGGCCUGCAAUGCUGCAGAUAUUCCAUUUUUGUCAUUUCCUCGUGAUGAAAUCAUUGAGGUCAUCCCAGCCAGUUAUCAAAAUGAAGCGAAACGAAUCGCGAUCCCGGAUUUACCAGAGGAAAUCAUUCCUCCAUCUCCAGAAGACAUCAAGAUACCUGUACCUCCAAGCGGGGUUACGUCACCAAUAUCAGGCUUGGGAAGCCCGGCGACGGGGAUGUCAACGCCUCAGAGCGGAUUGCGCACUCCUAGAGAGCCCGAAAGGCUCACCCAACAGCACGUGGAAGACGUGGUGUAG